CGAAAAGAAGAAGAAGAAGGAGAAGCGGCGGAUCGUCGAGAUAAUCGAUCGACUGUUUCAGCUGAGUACGCAGCACACAGCGAACGUAUUGGUGAUGAUUUUACGAACUUCCAGAUAACCUGUAGCUACACAAACAUGACAGACUACGCCGAAGAGCAGCGGAAUGAACUCGAAGCCAUCGAGUCCAUCUACCCAGACUCCUUUACAGUGCUCUCAGAAGAUCCCACCAGCUUCACCAUCACGGUCACAUCCGAUGCCGGGGAGAACGGGGAAACUGUGGAAACAACUUUAAAGUUUACGUAUGUAGACAAGUACCCAGACGAGCCCCCGCUGUGGGAAAUCUAUUCCCAGGAGAACUUGGAGGAGAGUGACACAGAAGAUAUCCUCACACUGUUACAACAGCAGGCAGAAGAAAACUUGGGCAUGGUGAUGAUCUUCACCCUGGUUACAGCUGUUCAAGAGAAACUUAAUACAAUUGUUGAUGUGAUGAAAAAUAGGCAAGAAGAGGAAAAGCGGAGGAAAGAGAAAGAGGCCCAGGAAGCAGAGAAGGUGGCUUUCCAGGGAACAGUGGUAACCAUUGAAAACUUCCUGGCAUGGAAAGCCAAGUUUGAGCUGGAAAUGGCUGAACUGAGGAGGAAAAAGCAGAAAGAGGAAGAGCAGGCAGGAAAACCCAAACUGACAGGUAAACAGCUGUUUGAGAGAGACCACAACCUGGACACAUCUGACAUUCAGUUCCUUGAAGAUGCUGGAAACAACGUUGAAGUGGACGAGUCACUAUUCCAGGACAUUGAGGACUUGGAUUUGGAUGAAGAUGACCCAGAUUUUGACCCUAUAGAGAUGGGUAGUGAUGAAGACUAAAGGCAGAGCAGGACGGUGGAAUUCAAAGGCUUCAAGCAUGAUCGUAGGAACAUGCUGCUCUUGCCCUGGACGCCGUCUUCUGGCCAUUAAGGACAUGUCUGCUUUUUUUUUUUUUUUUUUUUUUUUUACAAACUCAGAAUGAAAGGAGAGGAAAUUGUUUAAAAACACAGACACACACAACAGUUGGUGUUUAUUUCAACUGCCUCGAUUAUUAACUCUGAUAAAAAUGUGUGUUCCCUCUGGGGGUUUGUCUUUAAGCUCAUCCCAGUGUCAGCGAUUUUCUGUCCAGGUGAGGGCACUAAAAUGUCAGGUAUGGCCAGAGAAUAAAAGUCUUGCUUUGCUGAGGUUGAAGUAACUAUACUCUAUUACAUGUGACCGCAUUUCCAGAAAAACUGGAAUAUUUUCCAAUGUGCAGUAAAAACAUUCUGUGACAAUAAA